AUGUCCGCGCACACUGCCCACUCAGCAUCCUCCAACAACAACGUCGUUGGUGUGCACUAUCGUGUCGGCAAGAAGAUCGGCGAGGGCUCGUUCGGGCACAUUGAACAAUGGUUCCACCUUGCUGCAACAGGCUCCAACCUGCUGAACUCGCAGACUGUCGCCAUCAAGUUUGAACCGAGGAAAGCAGAGGCCCCACAGCUUCGCGAUGAGUGUCGGUCGUAUCGGAUACUGGCCGGAUGCCCGGGUAUACCCCAAAUUUAUCACUUCGGGCAGGAGGGGUUGCACAACAUUCUUGUCAUUGACCUACUAGGCCCUAGUCUUGAGGACCUCUUCGACAUGUGUGGUAGAAAGUUCUCCAUCAAAACUGUUUGCAUGGCCGCGCGGCAGAUGCUUGCGCGAGUGCAAAUAAUACACGAGAAGAAUCUCAUUUAUCGCGAUAUCAAGCCGGACAACUUUCUCAUUGGGCGACCUGGCACCAAGGCAGCUAACGUGGUCCAUGUAGUUGACUUCGGUAUGGCAAAGCAGUAUCGGGAUCCAAAGACCAAACAACACAUUCCGUACCGAGAGCAUAAGAGUCUCAGUGGCACUGCUCGGUAUAUGAGCAUCAACACGCAUUUAGGGCGAGAACAAUCUCGACGGGAUGAUCUUGAGUCACUUGGGCAUGUUUUCAUGUAUUUUCUGAGAGGUAGUCUCCCAUGGCAAGGUCUCAAGGCUGCGACCAACAAACAGAAGUACGAGAAGAUUGGUGAGAAGAAGCAGACCACACCUAUUAAGGAGCUGUGUGAUGGUUUCCCGGAGGAGUUUGGUAUCUACCUCAACUAUGUCCGCAAACUCGGCUUCGAGGAAACGCCCGAUUACGAUUUCCUACGCGAACUUUUUGCGAAGGUCAUGAAGAACAAUAAUGACGUCGACGACGGAGUGUACGACUGGAAUCUCCUUAAUGGUGGAAAGGGUUGGGAAGUGUCCCUGGGUCAGAACCAGAUCCUCUCGCAGAUCCAGAACACAGCGGGACCAGGUCCCGGCUCUCCGCACGAUCGCCGCAGAGAUAUGGACCGGCAAGCCCGCGAGGAUCGACGGCGCGCAUCACAGGCCGGUGCUGCUGGAGUCGUCCCCCCUUCACCUGCGCUCGUGCGACAUGGCUCCAAGCAGCGCGCAGUGCCAGGAGCCCAUCCACCUGGAGGCAUAAACGCCCCUGGUCAGAUAACACCUAUGUCAUCUGCGGCUGCGCAUAUGGACGUUCCAAUCGGAACUAUGCAGCGGCGGAUGAGCCAGCAGCUGAGCGCGCAACAUCCUUAUGCAAACCCUGGCCACGAAUCGUACAUUCGUGAGCAAACGUUGGAGGAAUACUCUGCCACGCAGCAGCAGUAUGGACGUGCAUCGCCAAUGGUUUCCUCUGUGGGUGCAGCGCCACCCGCUCUGAGCAACGUUCGUGCUCAGGGAGGCGAGGUCGGGGUGGCAAAUGACAGUGGAUAUCAUGGUCAAGGGGAAGCCGAGCCACCGAAGAACACUCUUUGGAAGAUCCUAACGUGUCGGUGUGGUUGA